AUUUUACCAGCUAGUAACUAUUACCAAAUACUACGAUAGUAUUGCUACUACUUUCAGACCUUAGUCAGACACUCAGACCGCAGUAGUCACUAGUCGGUAAUUUAUUUUAAAUUUUUCCCACAUAGACCAUUUGGCCAUUUGUCAAUUAUUAUUCAGAAGAUGGUAGACUCACCAUCAGAAAAUGGUACAACUCCUUGCACUCGACAAAGACUGAAAAAUGGAAAAACUACCCGAACUACUAAUAGACGCUUUGUUGAAAAUACAAUUUUACAGUUGUGUGAAUUCAAAUUGAAUAUUAAGCGUGUCGAUGAAUCUAAUUAUGUAUCAACACUCUCUCCUCGCUUAAUAAAAAUGACAAAUGAAAAACUUCAAGACCACAAAUCGCAUGAGUUCUCAAGUCUUCCAGCUACACCAAAAAAGAAUUCAAGAAAAAUACUACGUUGGAGUGAGCGCCGUGAUAAUGAUCUUCUAAAUGUAAUUGAAGAAGCUAUAAAUAAUAGUGACUCUGUCAGUGACAUGACAGACUCUGAAGAUGAAAUAUUAAAUAUGCCAAAAACACGUUCACAGAAAAUUUCUGAAUCAUCUAUGAAAUCGUAUGAGAUGACUAAUAUAUCUGAAGCUAAGCGUCUAAGAAAACCUGUAGAUCGAUUUGGUUGUGCAGCAGAUUUAAAUGAAACUAAAAUGCUGGAUCCUACUCCUGAAAGAAAACACACUAGACAAUCAGUUGAUGAAAACAUAAAUACUCCUAAAAGUAAGAUAAAAAGUAGAAAAAUAUCAUUAAUUGAUGAAGAUGGAGAUUCUAACAUUGAUGUUUUGAAGACUCCAAUAAAAAAACGCACAAGUCAAUCAGUUGAUGACAACAUAAAUACUCCUAAAAGUAAAAUAAAAGGUAGAAAAAUAUCAAUAAUUGAUGAAGUUGGAGAUUCUAACAUUGAUGUUUUGAAGACUCCAAUAAAAACACGUUCACACAGAGUUUCAGAAUCAUCUUUUAUAAAAUCAAAUGAUGAGACCAAUACAUCAGCAUCUAAACGUCUAAGAAAACCUGUAGAUCGAUUUGGUUAUGCAGCAGAUUUAAAUGAAACUAAAAUGCUGGAUUCUACUCCUGAAAGAAAACGCACAAGACAAUCAGUUGAUGAAAACAUAAAUACUCCUAAAAGUAAUAAAAAAGGUAGAAAAAUAUCAAUAAUCGACGAAGAUGAAAAUGCAGAUUUUGACAUUAAUGUUUGGAAGACUCCAACAAAUAAACAUUUAAGACAAUCUAUCACUUCUCGUUCUGGCUCAAAAGUGCGUCGAAGUAUCCUACGAGAUAUACCAGAAAAUAAAGAAAUUGAGAUUUCUACACCAAAGACGCCAAGAAAAACUCCCAAAACACACGUUAAAAACUUGACAGCUUCAGCGAGUAAAAGAUUGGAUAGUGGAGCAAAAAUUCCAUGUAGUCCUUUAGAAAAAGCUAGAGCAAAUUUACAUUUACAUGCGGCUCCUAAACAUUUACCGUGCCGUGAAGUUGAAUAUAAAUCUAUACAUUCUUUUUUAGUUAGAAAAAUUAAUGACGAGUUAACAGGGAGUAUGUAUAUUAGUGGUGUUCCUGGUACUGGAAAAACGGCAACAGUUAAGAGAGUAAUAGAUUCACUGAAUGCUGAUUUAUUAAUGAAACACAGUUUUAAAUUUGUUGAAAUAAAUGGCUUGAGGCUUGCGAAUCCACACCAAGCAUUUUCAGUGAUAUGGAAAGAGUUAACCGCAGAAACAGUAUCAUCUUCUCGAGCUCAAACACUUCUUAAUGACCAUUUUUCUAACAAAAAAGUUAAAGAGUUAUCUACAAUUUUAUUGGUCGAUGAAGUAGACCAUAUUUGUAAUCGUAAACAAGAUGUUGUAUAUAAUAUACUUGAUUGGCCUAGUCAAACUGGUUCAAAAGUGGUUGUAAUAACAAUUGCUAAUACUAUGGAUUUACCUGAACGAGUAUUACGAGGAUGUGUAACUAGUAGAAUGGGAUUAACCAGAUUAGUAUUUAAGCCAUACACAUUCCAGCAGUUACAAGAAAUAAUCAUGAAUAGAUUGAUUGGUAAUUCUUCAUUUGAUCCAGAUGCUGUUCAAUUGGUAGCAAGAAAAGUAGCAGCAGUAUCAGGUGAUGCAAGACGAGCUCUGGACAUAUGUCGGCGUGCUAUUGAUUUAGUCAAGUCUGAGGAUGAAUCACAAUUAAUAACUAUUAAUCAUGUUAAUCAGGUGUUAAAUGCGAUACUUUCUGGUGUCCGUGUAACAGCUAUCAGGUGCUGUUGUCUCUUUGAACAAUUUUUUCUGAGAGCACUUAGAGAUGUUACAUCUAGUACAGGUAUUGAGCAUAGUACUAUCGAUUCAGUUUGUACACAACUGAAAAGCAUUUGCUUGCUUGAAGGCGAAGAAUUGCCAAAUGAGCAACAAGUUCUUAUGAUGGCAUACCGAUUAAGAGAUAGCGGUCUUAUAUUUUUGGAAAAGAAACGAUGGGACAUAUUCCGAAAAGUGUCACUCAACGUCAGUCCAGAAGAUAUAAGUUAUGCAUUAGAUAAAUACAAUGAUUAGACUAGUUUAUAGUAAUAAUCAUGUUUUUAUUGUACUAUUUAUUUUUUCUUAUUGUGACUUAUAUACUUGGUAUACCCGUAAUUUAUUUAUUUGAAUAUUUUGUUCAUUUUUAUUCGUUUAAGUUAUCAAAAUGAGUUUUUUUUUAAUGUUUAAACAACCUGUUUGUACUUUUUUGUAACAAGACUAUUUCUUUAUGUGAAUUGUGUUAUAUAAGUAACUAUACUUUUGUAAAGAUCUUACACUUUUUAUUCCAGUUAUAUUGUCUUGUUUUAAAUAAUUACCAAUUUUAUAAAAUAAAUAUUAUAUACUAUUA